AUUAUAAGUACUGUACUUGAAUUAAAAGUCAAAUAAUGUUAACACUAUUGAUAACUUGUGUAUCAAUAGGUAUCCUAUUAUAUCAUAUCAUACCACUGACCAUACAUUUAUGCCUUCAAUAUCUCGCUGGACGACCGGCCAAACCCGUGAGAGGUCGACCAUUAGACCCGAAUAAUCCGUUGCGCGGACCGUGGGUUAAGUCGUGCGACGAUGAUAUCGGGAUAUCAGGACCGGGAGGCGCACCGGUAGACGAAUCGUAUCUCAUAGCCUACCGGUGUUCGACAAUACCUGAAUUGUUUGGCAAAAUUGUAGACAAACAUCUCGACCGCCGGUCAUGUGGCUAUCGUCCAGUUCUGGUUGUGGACAAUGAACAACAAACCGAUGGACAGGUGAUCAAGAAAUAUACUUUGAAUGAAUAUCAUUGGCUUUCCUAUCGCGAGUUGGAUGUGCGCGUCACUUGCGUGGCCACUGGACUCUCGAAGAUCGGAAUUGUGGCCAACGAUAUAGUUAUGAUAUACGCGAACACAUGUUUGGAUUGGAUGGUCACCUGUCAAGCGUUGUUCCGAUUGGGAGCCACAGUGGCCACACUUUACACCAAUUUGUCGGACGACGGCAUUGUUCACGGCUUGAAUGAAACCCAAGUAUCAUAUGUGGUGACCAGUGGUGGCCAGUUAUUGGACAAACUUAUGGCUAAGUCAUCUCAAUUACCUCAUCUUCAAUGUCUGAUAGUUAUGGACAGUACAGGUAGUGAAUCGAUAGUAGAAGAAUUGGACAAAAAAAUAAUACUAUUGAAAACCAUUGAAACUAUUGGUCGUGAGUCAGACCAUCAAAUUGUAUCUCAAGUCACAAAUCAGUCCACUAGUGACACGGCUGUCCUCAUGUAUACGUCCGGCUCUACCGGUAUUCCCAAAGCUGUGAUGAUAUCACAUAAGAAUCUCUUGCUGGCCAUCCGUGCCUUCUAUAUAUAUGCCGGUGUCCUCACAUCUGAGGACAUCUACUGUGCUUUUCUGCCAUUAGCUCAUUGUAUGGAACUGUGCGCCGAAUUGGCCUUUUUGUCUAUCGGUGUGCCCGUCGGCUACGCAACAGUUCACACCCUAACCGACAGUUCAUUAGGUCUAAAAAUGGGAUCAAAAGGUGACUUAACUCUACUGAAACCGACAGUAAUAGCAACUGUUCCGCUGAUAUUGGAAAGGAUUAUACGUGGAAUCAGUGAUCAGCUCAACAAACGACAACCACUGUUGAUGACUGCCUUAAAUCAAUUGCUUCGUUAUAAGCAGUUUUGGUCGGAUCGUGGUUUAGAUUGUCCGCUAAUUAAUCGGUUUAUUUGUCAAAAAUUUGCCUCACUUUUAGGCGGAAACGUACGGUUUAUGGCCAGUGGCGGUGCACCGCUCAGACAGGAAACUCAUCAAUUUAUUAGCAAUUUGUUUGAUUGUCGUGUACUACAGGGUUAUGGAUUGACUGAAACCACUGCCGCCGCUACUAUUAUGGACUUAGAUGACCAAAGUGUUGGUCGAGUGGGCGCACCUCUAAUCGGUGUACAGAUAAAGUUGAUCGAUUGGCCAGAAGGUGGCUAUCGGGUGACAGAUAAACCCUAUCCGAGAGGCGAAUUAAUUAUUGGUGGCGAUUGUGUGGCUAACGGCUACUUUAAGAACAGGGAGCUAACAGGAAAAUACUUUAUGAUUGAUAGUAAAUGUGUCCAUUGGUUUCGUAGCGGCGAUAUCGGGGAACGGUAUCCGGACGGUACGUUUCGUAUAGUUGACCGCAAAAAGGAUAUAAUAAAGUUAUCAAAUGGGGAAUACGUCUCACUGUCCAAAGUUGAGGUGGAACUUAAAGCGCUGCCAUUUGUUGCGAAUGUUUGCGUUUAUGGCCACUCAGAGGAAAACUACUUAAUCGCACUGAUAGUGCCCAACGAUGACUACUUGAACAAACUGUCCACCAUAUCGUCUGUAGAAACUACUACUACUGCUAUCAAUACUGACAACUAUAUCGAGCAGCGGGUAUUGCAUGCGAUACAAGAGUUUUGUGGUCAGUCGGGUCUAACCCGAGCCGAGACUCCUCGUCGUGUGUAUCUCUGUAGGGAUCAGUGGCUUCCGGACAACGGACUGUUGACCUCUUCGUUUAAAUUGAAACGAAAUGCAAUCCACGAGUUUUAUUACAAAGUCAUUGAAGAUCUCUAUCAACAAAAACAACAACAA